AUGAACGACGAGCAUACGAAAAGUCGAGUCGCUAUUAUAGGCACGGGUCUCGCCGGUCUUAGUAGUGCUUAUCUUAUUAAGGGAGACCGUUAUAGGGUGACGUUGUUCGAACAGGGCGACAGAAUAUCUUUCGAUUCUGCUUCUGUUACGAUCAAGAACGAGAAAUACGACGAUGCCGAACGAAUCGACCUGCCAAUGCGCGCGAGCGCCGACGGGUACUACCACAACUUGAUGCGCAUGUAUCAACAUCUACAAAUCCCGCUGCAUCCAAUCAAAUUCCUUUUUGUCUUUGCAAAAGCAGCCACGAGCGCCGAUGGAACAGUCCCAGUCAAGGGAAGCGAUAAUGAGACAUACUUCAUUCAUGCGUCCAACUUACACCAGACACCGCCGCCGUGGCCGGGCAAUCGCGGUGUGAUUGCGCACUUUAUCGAGAUUAUCUUCCUGAUUGUGUGCCAAUUCUGGUUCACGAUUGCAUGCUUCCUUGUCGCGCCGCUGAAGACCACAUCUUCCGGAUACAGCGAGACCGUCGCCGAAUAUUUCGAUCGCAUACGUUUACCCCGACGAUAUACGUCCGACGUGCACACACGAAGAGCUGCUCCAAUUUUCCCCGCGAGCGACGUGGUCAACUACAAGAAGCUUUCGCACGGCAAGCAGCAUUACGCUGUGUGCGGCGGAGUUUCACAGGUCCAGGCCAAAUUAACGGAGGGGUUGGAGGAUGUCAACCUCAAUAGUCGAGUGAUUGAAGCUGUGCCUCAGGUCGAUGGUACCGUGCUGGUUCGUUGGCAAUCUACCGUUGACGCAUCCGGGCGCAUCCACGAGCAAAUCUUCGACCGCGUUGUCCUCUCCGUCUCGCCUGAUGUCGCUGGCCGUAUCUUCAAACCGCUGGGGUCUACAUUGGCGAAGCUUCCGACUCGUCAAGUGGAGAGUUCUGUUUUGAAGCCGGAGAAGGCGGGAAUCAGCGUCGUCGACACCGACAACGCAGACUCCAGCCAAUCCAUCGCUUGCAUGCACCAUUCGAAAGACACCUCAGCAGCCCAGGUCUUGACUCUGCGAACAAUGUUCACCGACGUGGGAAGCCCUCGCACAGAGGCUCUUCACGCCAUGCCCAGUGGAGUCCUUGUCAGCACAUGUCCGCUACGCGAAGAGGCGCAGUCAGAAGCAAUCAAGAAGGCCAAAUUUACUAGAACCCUGCGAAACACAGAGGGCCAGGCCCUCGUUCAGAAAUUGCUAGGGGAUUCGGGAACGAAGAAGAGCGAGGAUGGUCAGGCCAUGGCUUGGGUCAAUGGUCAGGACAAUGUGUGGAUCGCUGGUGCUUGGUGCUGGGAUGGCAUGGUGCUGCUGGAAGGAUGUGUCGUGUCGGCCAUUAGGGUAGCUCAAGAUUUUGGCGUAGCGAUUCCGUGGGAACAGAAUUAA